ACCAGCUCUUCACUUUCUCUCUCUACAUCUAUAGUAUACACUACUUCUCUCAUUUCUUCAUUCGCACCACUUUCUCUCAAAAUAACAAAAAAACCCAAUUUUUCUUUUGACCAUUUUUUUAGUCUUUUCUCUUAACCCAUCAACUGAAAGAAAGAGUUGGUAUAGAGAGAUAUAUAUACAAACAGUAUUCUUUUUUUUUUCAAGAACAACAAAUGCUUCUGUGAUUAACUCAAAAAGGUAAGCUUUUUGGUUUUCUAUAACAGAAUGUAUAUCAAGAAUCCAUUAUUUGGUUUACAAAUCAAGAACCCAUGUAUAGAUGUUUGAGAAAAGAUGAGAAUUUUCAUUUUCAAAGCUAAAUGAAGGUGAAUAUCAAGAAUGGUGCACCAACAACAGGGUAGAGUGAUUUUCUUUUGUUUUGUGUUUUUCUUGUUGUUUGACUCUACAUUUGAGCAAGGGGUUAGUUUUUCUUUUGCUGAGAAAUUUGCUUUGCUUCAACUGAGAUCUUCAUUAGGGUUAAGAGCAUAUGAAUGGCCUAUAAAAGGUAACCCUUGUUUAGACUGGACAGGUAUUCUUUGUGAAAAUGGUAGAGUCACUAAGAUCAAUAUAUCUGGUUUUAAAAGAACCAGAGUUGGGAGUCAAAUCCCUCAAUUUUCAAUUGAUGCCCUUCAAAAUUUGACCUUUUUGGACUCUUUUAAUGCUUCCAAUUUUGCACUCCCUGGAAAUAUUCCUGAAUGGCUUGGAAAUCUUGCAUCUCUUAAGGUUCUUGAUCUUAGGUCAUGUUCUAUAAUUGGUCCUAUUCCUCCUACCUUAGGCAAUUUGACUAGUUUAGUUACUCUAAAUUUGUCCAACAAUGGUAUCACUGGGCAAAUUCCCUCGAGUUUCGGUCAAUUGUCGCGUAUUUCGACUCUUGAUCUUUCGAAAAAUAAGCUUGUGGGGCCCAUUCCUGCUUCCUUUGGUUCACUUCAGAACCUUACCUUGCUUGAUAUGUCCUCAAAUUUCUUCAAUGGGGCUAUUCCUCCAGACAUUGGGACUUUGCUUCAGUUGAAAUCCUUGAAUCUGUCUGAUAACAGCUUAAUUUCGUCCAUACCUGCCCAACUCGGUAACCUUUCUAAUCUGGUUGACCUUGACCUCAGCUCCAAUAGUCUUACUGGAGUGGUCCCCGAAUUAGGAGGAUUACGAAACUUGCAGAGAUUUGCUGUUGAGAAUAAUAGGCUGUCGGGAUCCUUGCCUGAUGCUUUGUGGUCAAUGCCUCAGUUGCAACUUCUAGAUGUCUCUGCGAAUAACUUCACUGGUAUUCUCCCAAAUGUUAGCUCCGUUGUCAAUGCUACUGGUGCAGUGUUUAAUCUUUCUCAGAAUAUGUUCUAUGGAAAUUUGCCAUCUUUAAACAGAAGGUUCAGUUUUCUAGAUCUAUCAGGAAACUAUUUUGAAGGCAGACUACCAGAUUACGCACGAAGCAACGCGUCAAUUAAUAGCAAUUGCCUCCAAAAUGUAUCAAGUCAAAGGAGUAGGAGUGAAUGUGCAUCUUUUUAUAGCGAGCGUGGCUUGUCGUUUGAUAAUUUUGGAGAGCCAAAUGCCACCGAGCCUCUUCCAGCUCCCAAAUCCAACAAAAAGAGUCACAGAAAUGUAAUCAUAUUGGCGGCCGUUCUGGGCAGCGUUGGAUUAAUUGCACUUCUCCUUAUUUGUAUAUUGCUGCUGAUUUUUUGCACUCGCAAACGGAGUGGCACGACUCAAAGAGCCACUGGGGUUGGGCCGGGUCCCGCCAGUUCAAGUCCACCACCACCUCCGGGACCCGGAGUAUCACUGAAUUUUUCAAGUUUAGGAGAUGCAUUUACCUACCAGCAGAUUCUUCAAGCUACAGGUGAGUUCAAUGAUGCAAAUCUUAUGAAGCAUGGCCAUUCAGGUGAUCUCUUCCGUGGUAUCUUAGAAGGCGGGACCCUUAUAGUUGUCAAAAGAAUUGAUGUGAAUUCUGCAAGGAAGGAAGCAUAUUUGUCAGAAUUGGACUUCUUCAGCAAGGUUUCUCACUCCAGAUUAGUCCCUUUUAUGGGACACUGUUUGGAUAAUGAGAAUGAGAAUGAAAAGUUCCUGGUAUAUAAGUAUAUGCCAAAUGGAGAUCUCUCCAGUUCUUUGUUUAGAAAAAACAAUUCGGAUGAUGAUAGUUUGCAGUCAUUGGAUUGGAUAACAAGACUGAAAAUUGCUAUUGGAGCUGCUGAGGGUUUGUCUUAUCUACAUCAUGAAUGUAACCCGCCUUUAGUGCACAGAGAUGUUCAAGCAAGCAGCAUACUUCUUGAUGAUAAGUUUGAAGUGCGGUUAGGGAGUUUAAAUGAGGUCUGUGCACAAGAAGGAGACAGCCAUCAAAACAGAAUAUCCAGGCUGCUCAGGUUUCCACAGACGUCGGAACAAGGUGCAUCAGGUACACCUAGUGCCACCUGUGCGUAUGAUGUCUACUGUUUUGGAAAGGUUUUGUUAGAGCUAGUAACUGGCAAGCUGGGUAUUAGUGCAUCCAAUGACGCCAGCAUGAAGGAGUGGUUGGAUGGUACACUAAAGUACAUUAGUAUAUAUGAUAAAGAACUUGUCACAAACAUUGUGGAUCCUUCCUUAAUCAUAGACGAAGAUUUAUUAGAGGAAGUAUGGGCGAUGGCUAUUGUUGCCAGAUCUUGCCUCAAUCCCAAGCCUUCAAGGAGACCUUUAAUGAGAUACAUCCUUAAAGCUUUGGAAAACCCUUUGAAGGUAGUUAGGGAAGAACAUACUAGCUCAGCAAGACUUAGAGCAACUUCAUCAAGAAGUUCAUGGAACGCCGCACUGUUUGGCAGCUGGCGUAGUUCCUCAGAUGUGGCAGCCGUACCUGCUGCAGCCGCAGUUAAUAAGUUGGAAGCAACAAGUAGUUUGAAGCAAUCAGGAACAACGGGUUCUCAAGGAAGUGGUCCUAAUGGGGACAAUGGUCAUUCUUCAUCAACUAGACGACAUUCUAAAGAGAUUUUUCCCGAGCCACAUGAGGAGUAGAAGGGAGGUGAUUGUCAUUAAUUCUUUGUUAAUAAUGCAACAGGAUCUGCAGUAAGGUUGCCUUGUUUGGCGGGGCCACCUUGUACAUUCUCCGUUUUCGGAGUGCUGAGUUUGCAAGCCAAUGGAGAUGCGUCGUUUACCUGGGACAGCAAACAUCAAAUUGUUUAUUGGGGAUAGAGUUGGACAACAGGAUUUAGGCAGUGGUGGUUCUUUUUUCUUAAUUUGUUUUGGGGGCUUAUGUUUCAUUGCAAAUUCCAAUUCUUUUCUUAUAAUUCUUCUCUUUUUACUAGUCUCUCCAUGGAAUGUAAAUUAUACAGAAUCUUUCAUUUUCCAAAUGGAGGAGAGGAAAAAAAAAAAAAAAAAAGGUAUCUCAUUGGUCUUUCCUUUUUCUUGUU